AUUUGUUCGUGCCUUAAAUGAAACAUACCUACCUUACUGAGUAGUGAGCAGUUACCUCGAAAAUGCGUUUUGAUUUGUUUUGCUCUUGGUGCAUAUUCUUCGCAGUCGCUCUUUCUGUAGACAAUGUGAAAUCUCAAAUAGGCCCUAAUGUGACCUUUGAUGGACCUUUUCUCAAUUUACGAUACGAACCUGUUACGGUCGACGUGGUCACAAAAGAUACUAAAAAAUGUCCCCCGUCGACUCCAAUAACUUUCGAAGGAUAUUACGGUGCUCCGACUUUUUUAAUUAAUACUGGAGUGUCAAUUCAAACCAAUGACCAAAGAAGAACUGCUGCAAAGUCUUACGGUGGUCCUCUCAAAGGAGUAUACAAUUACCUUAGUUUCCAAUAUUACUGGGCAAGUAAUACUUCAGCUGGAGUGACUGGAACUACAAUUGAUAAGAAAAGUUUUCCUUACGUAGUCAGAGAUUUUUAUAUAAACAGCAAGUACACAAAUUUCACUGAAGCUAUAAAGCAUGAAGAUGGUUUCGUCGACUAUGUUUUCCUUUUUACAAUUUGCUCAAGGUUUAACAAAGCAUUUGAAAAAGUGAGCCAAGCAAUUCGAAAAAUCCCCAAAGCUGGAUCAUUUACAUAUGUUCCAUUCGGCGUACAUAUUGAUGGGAUACAUUUCUUGAGCCCGAAAACGGAUUACUACACGUACACAGGAAACUUCUUCGAUAAAUACACGGGCAAAAAUUACCCAUGUUUAACUGUUGUAAUUUUUAAACCCAAUUCCGGAUUUUGUAUCACUCAAGAGCAGUUCGAUCAAACAUUUAAUAUACAGACUAAUUUCUUUGGAAAGCCAUUCGCUAACUCGUUGACUCACGAUUCGUCGAAGAUGCGACCUGCCUUAUGCAGAGCUGGUGUCACUCAGACAUUACUUCCGAUCUAAGUGUGUGGUAUUUACUUCGGCAUCUAUCGUGUUAAUCUACGUAAUAGUAGAUUAUGCAACUAGGGAGAUAAUGUGAUUUUCAACAAAUUUUGAGGUUUAUUUCCCGAGCGAAGCGAGGGAAGUAACUCAAAAUGGUCGAAGAUCACAUUAUUUCCCUUGUUCCAUAAUAUAUUUUACGUUUUUAAGGGAGAAAAUCGCUAGUUUGUCCACCAAGCGAUUAGCGAGCGGGAGAUAAUGUAGCGGAUUAUCUCCCUAGAAACGUAAAAAAAUAUACUUGGGUAUGCAAAGGUGAACUACUGCAUUUUUUUUCAUUUUUUGAGAAGACAAAAAGAGAGAAGAGAUUGCAGGGGAUGAGAAGUCGGAGAUGGGGGGAUGUGAAAUUGAAAUUUUCUCUACAUACAAAACUGAUGUAUCUACUUGCUUACAAAUUGAAAAAAAUUCCUGGCAAUUUCAAGUUAUUCAAUUUUGUUUUUUUUUUGUGGGAGGAUUUUCAUGUCAUACGAAAAUGUGAAUAAUAGGUCAUGAAAAAGGUCAUGAUUUUUCGUCUGGACGUUUUGUUGGACACCCUGUAGGAGUUGGAUACGGCGAAAAUUCGCGAUUCUUCAUUUUUUUUUCAAGACAUAAAUAUGCAUUUUGAAAAAUAACCAAUUUUGGGAAAAAAUCAGAAUCGUAAAAAAAAUUACGCGAAUACCUGUAGGAUAAACGAGACUGUAUGUAUUUAUAAUAGAUAGAAAAAGGCAAAUGAAUACUUUAAUUCAGAUUUUUUUCAAAACCUGAUAAUUUUUUAACAACACAUUUCAGAACCAUCAACCAAUAUGGUGAAAGUAAAUGCAAAAACUAUUUUGCAAUCAGCGAUUAGCUAUAAUGACUUGUUUUAUAUGUGGAUAAAAAUGAAUUAGGAAAAAAUAACUCUUGCUUCUCAGUUUUUACUAUUUAUUAGUGCAAAGCUUUUCAAACACCAAGUGU